AUGAGCGAGCGGGCCUGGCAGGUGACACAAAAUUUCAGCGGCUUACAACAGAUCUAUACAGACUUCGACGACUGGCUAAGCAGAUUCAGCGACCACAUUAGAUCUAAAUCAACGAAUGUCUCCAACGAAACCGAAGUUUAUAUAAAUCAAACUGGGCUUAGAAUUAAAACAAAAGGAAAAAAAGAUUCUUUAAUCAAAGAAGAUGGAGAUUUUUUAAUAUCACCUGCCAUUUCAACGAACAUAAAGAUAACAAUCGACUCCACAGAUAAUAAACAGAACAAAUCAAAGAGGCUGAAAUCCAGCGAUGAAUAUGAAGAACAAAGCAACAUCGAUUACUUUAUGUAUAAAAUUCUCGCCAGCAAUGUAGCGCAAGCUCUAGCGGACAUCUUCUGGUCGAGGUGGACCACGGGGACGAGGGAUUACGAGUACAGUGUGGCGAUAGCGGUAGAAAUGUUUACGACGGACUACGUUUGUGUCGUUGUCCAUGAGUAUAGCGUUAAUGUGAGGCGUUUGAGACAUAGUAGCGAGGACUUGUCGAACCAGGACCAGGACCAUGACAUCAUCCUGGCAAACGCGCGCGAGCGUUCGGGUCCGGUGCGCGGGGUGGAGACGGGGCGUAGUUGCUAUGCUAGCGCGGAGAAUGCGGCGGUGGCGCGGGGCGCGGGAACGCAGUGCGGGGGCUUGACU